AUCAUCUUUGUCCCGUCGCCAUCGCCUCGGAGGUCGAUCCGCUGGGCCCCCAAUCCAUCCUCGCCGUCGUUGUAGUUGAGAACCCAAUCGUCUCUCCUAUCUGCAUCGUCAUCUUCUCCCUUUCCUGGGGUUUCUUUUCUUCUCAGCAAUCACCACUCACUUUCUCCUUCCAUGGCGGCAAAGCUGGGCUCGUUCAGGUACAGUUUCUUGGAGAAAAGGGAGAGAGAACGGCUGUUGCCGCUCUCCAAGGAAGGCUCGGAACGCGCCGAACCGGGCGGCAGCUUUGCGUGGAAUGAAGAGGAUGGGGACUCAGCAGGAUUGGUUCGGAGGGUUCGGAUCAGGGUUGCGGAGGCAUGGAGGAAGGUGCGGGAGGUUGGGGGCAAGGCUUGGGAGAUGGGUCGGUCCGACCCGAGGAAGUUCAUCUUCUCCGCCAAGAUGGGUCUGGCUUUGAUGCUUAUUGCUCUGUUGAUUUUCUACAAGGAGCCGACGAAAGAUGUCGGCCGGUACUCUGUUUGGGCGCUUCUUACCGUCGUCGUGGUCUUCGAAUUCAGCAUAGGUGCAACGCUUAGCAAAGGAUUUAACCGUGGGUUGGGAACAUUUUCGGCCGGAGGGCUUGCUCUUAGCAUGGCUGAGUUGUCUCAGUUGGCUGGAGAUCAGGAAGAAGUUGUUAUUGUUAUCAGCAUAUUCAUAACUGGGUUCUUUAUCACUUAUGCAAAACUAUACCCCACAAUGAAGCCUUAUGAAUAUGGAUUCCGAGUAUUUUUGCUGACAUAUUGCUUCAUAAUGGUAUCUGGGUAUCGAACGGGAGAGUUUAUACAUACAGCUGUGACUCGAUUUUUGCUUAUUGCACUGGGUGCUGCGGUGUGUUUGGUGGUGAAUAUGUUUAUCUACCCCAUUUGGGCUGGUGAGGAUCUUCACAAUUUGGUGGCGAAGAACUUUGUGGGUGUUGCAACUUCUUUGGAAGGUUGUGUUGAGGGAUACUUGAAAUGUGUUAAAUACAAGAAGGUUCCCUCUAAAAUUCUUACUUACCAAGCUUCUGAUGACCUACUCUAUACUGGCUAUAGAGCAGCCGUUGAAUCUACAAGCCAAGAGGAGGCUCUGGUAGGAUUUGCUGAAUGGGAGCCACCUCAUGGCCCUUACAAAAUGCUGAAAUAUCCGUGGAGAAACUACAUAAAAGUGAGUGGCGCACUAAGGUAUUGUGCCUUCACGGUCAUGGCAUUGCAUGGUUGCGUACUCUCAGAAAUACAGGCCCCAGCUGACAAAAGACUGGUCUUUAGUAGUGAACUUCGAAGAGUUGGCAAUGCUGGUGCUAAAGUGUUACGUGAGCUCGGGAACAAAGUUAAAGGGAUGGAGAAAUUGGGUUCAAUAGACAUACUGUGUGAAGUGCAUGAGGCAGCAGAAAAAUUGCAAAACAAGGUAGAUAAAAAGUCGUACCUUCUUGUUCAUGCAGAGAGCUGGGAGAUCGGAAGCAGGCAAAAGGUGCUGGAGGAUCCCCAGGAAUUUUUAAGCUUGGAUGAUGCCAGAGUUGAAUUUAACCAAUCCAAGUCUUGUAGUGAAGCCAGACAUGAUCUUGUAUCACUUACCUUGUCAAGGAGUUGGGAUCUUGGGAACCUGGGUGCUGACUAUAUCACACGGGAAUCAGGGGCAGCAGAUCUCUUGAUGAAACCCAAUGCAGUCCCUGAAGGAGGAGAAUCAAAGACGUAUGAAAAUGCCAGUUCAUUGUCUUUGGCAACAUUUACGUCACUUUUGAUUGAAUUUGUCGCGAGGCUUCAAAAUCUUGUUGAUGCAUUCGAAGAACUAAGCGAGAAAGCAAAUUUUAAAGAAUCUGUAGAGCACUCACAGCCAGCAGAGGAGGGCAGGGUCUGGACCAGGCUGAUUGGAUACAUGAGGUUUAAGAAGAAAGACAAGCCCUUACUGGGAUAGACAUAAAAACCUUCAAUAGGUGAAGUCAUGAAACCUUGAAAAAGUUAACAUCGACCCCAAGAACCGCACAAGCCAAUGUUGAUCCCAAGAUGAAGCAAGUCUACUUUUGACUCGGAUGACUGAUCUUUUGCUGACAAUUAGAGUAGUUUUGGUGGAAUAGCCUGUAAAAGUUUGCAUUUUGAUGGCUGUCUUGUGCAAAUGUCAAGCUCGCCUGGAAUGGUUUAUGUGGAGGCAGUAGCUCCGAAGAUGGAGACCUGCCCAUAUUUUGUGACAUGACAUUCUCAUUGAUUGAAAAGGUGAUUUAGGGGAGCAAAAGUUACUGAUGAAUCUACUCGAUGCUAGAAAUGGAUGCUGAAAUACUAAACUCAAACGUACAUUUUCUAUCAUUCUGGUUGCUCACCACCUGUUUGAUUAAUUGAGGAACUGGGAGGACAGUAAUCUUUGAUCCUGCUGUUCACCUCAAGGCUUGAUGCAACAGAACAGAAUGGGAACAGCCCAAAGCACUGGAAAGGCGUGCUGAUCAUCUGUCCAUUUCAAAUAUAUGCUGUGCUUCUGUGCCAAUCUUUCUUUGGCUGACAUUGAAAUUGGUCAAGGAGAUGGUUUUGUCCAUCAAAUUGCACUGUUGAAUCCUUUGGAGUUUGAUCCAAACUCAACCAUUUAUGCCCAUCAUUUUGCAAGAAAGAGCCUUUUAGUGGUUAACA